AUGUUAGUAUGGCCCCUAUUAGCCCUGGCUGAUGUGUCGGCUGCUUGGUCGCCCUUGCAACAAGAUCUCUUUAACGAGGAUGGGCUCAAAUAUCUCAAACAGCACGUCAGAGAUGCUUUCUUCCAUGCGUGGAGCAGCUACACUAGUUUCGGUCUCCCUGCAGACGAGGUGCGGCCAUGGACAUGCGACCCCCUGGGCCCUGAUCCAGACAUCACCCAUGUUGAAAAAAACGAUGUUCUCGGUAACUACUCUGUCACAUUGGUAGAUAGUGUGGAUAUGCUUGCAAUUGUUGGAGAAGACGACCUUUUCCGAAACGCCGUCUCAUACAUUGACGAAAACGUUUCGUUCGAUACCCCGUCAGUUGUCCAGGUUUUUGAAACAAAUAUCAGAGGAAUAGGUGGGCUUUUAUCAGCGCACCUCCUGGCAUCGACGCCUAGUCUAGGCCAUGCUAUCCCAGGAUACGACGGCCAUCUUUUGGAAAAGGCCUAUGAUCUAGGACUGCGACUUUUACCGGCAUUCACCACCAGCACUGGAAUUCCCUGGCCAAGAGUGCACUUGCAAGAUGGUGUGGUUAAGAUUGGUGGGAGGUACAUCAGUGAAACCUGUAGUGCCGGAGCAGGAAGUCUUUUGCUUGAGUUCACCAUGCUUUCUCGAUUGACUGGCGAUGAACGGUUCGAAAAGCUAGCCAAGCAGGCAUUCCAUGCUAUUUGGAGCCGCAGAAGUAGAAUCGGGCUAGUUGGUAUGCAUAUCGAUUCAGUAACCGGUCGCUGGAUCGACAGCUAUACUGGCAUUGGAGCGUCGGUGGACUCAAUUUAUGAGUAUGCUUUAAAGCAGUACGUACUGUUUGGAGACGAAGAGUUUGGACUGAUCUGGAACCAGAUGCUUGCUGCCCUGGACAAGUAUAGCUCUGUGGGCUGGCUUUAUCAAUUGAUUGACUUCCGAACCGGAGCGUUGUACGCCAACUGGAUUGAUGCGCUUGCCGCAUUUUGGCCAGGCCUACUGGUAUUGGCCGGUAAGGUCACAGAAGCGUUGCCAGUGUACUUCACUUACUUUAAAUUGUGGAACACCUAUGCUUCAAUUCCCGAAAGAUGGUCGCCAGUGUGGGAUCAAGAAAAUGCCGUAGAUCUGCAAUGGUACCUUUUGAGACCUGAGUUCAUUGAAUCGAGCUACUUUCUAUAUCGAGCUACUCGAGAUCCGUUUUUCCUACAUGUUGGCGAAGUUGUGCUGAACGACUUGAACGAACAUAACUUUGCAACCUGUGGGUACGCUGGGUUCCAAGAUGUUCGAACAGGAGAGGUGAACAAUCGCAUGGAAUCAUUUUUCCUCUCUGAAACUACAAAAUAUUUAUUUCUUCUCUUCGACAAGGACCAUCCCUUGAACAAAGAUGAAAACGUAGUGUUUACUACGGAAGCGCAUCCAUUCUGGUACACUCCAGACGUCAUGCAGCAUGCGAAUGCCACCAACUUUGCCCGGGUGCUUGCAAAAGUGGAGUCCACGAACAAAACUGUGAUCCCAAUAAAGCGGGGUAAGAAGCGGGGUCAGUUCAGAGAGCACUGGCGGAGGCUCUUGGACCGUGCAGAUCAAGAUCCGGUGUCUUACCCGGUGCCGGAAGAUAGCGAAAGCUGUGCAGUAGUGCCCCGCAGCGAUAUGGGAUCUGUGGUUGCAUCAUGGAACUUAUUCUACUUGUGCGAUUCAAUGGUAGAGUUUAAGCAGCCAUUGUGGCUCAACAGGUCAGAGGAUUUGGAGUUUGUCAAUGGCUUCUACGAAAAAUAUGUAUCCAACCACGCCGUAUGCAAAGCGAUAGUUUAA